AGCUGUGGAGCAGAGAGAAGUAGCAUCACGUUAUCCACUUCCCCUCCAUAAAAAUCACAAACAUUUGAUAUCUGUUCGAUCUAUAUCCAAUCUCAACUCUUUCUCCAGACUCCCGUACAUUAACCACAACUUUUUAUUCGUAAUGAACCUGAAGUUAUUCCAGAUAUAGCAAACUACAGGAUGAUGAUAAACCUCUCAUCUUCUCCACCUGUUGCUGCUUCUUCUUCUAAUUUAUUACUCGCCAGAUUAACAAAUUCAAAGGCACCCACUUCACAAUACCAUACAAGAAACAAAACCACGAUUCCAAAAUCAUCACUUCACUGCUCAUUUUCUUCUUUAAGCUUCUUCGAGAAUCAAUUCCCUCGUGGUAGGAGGGGAAAUUUCAAGCAUCACGCCGUAGCAGGAUUGGAUUUCAGCGCGUUUCAGGAUGCACAGUCAGUUCUUGAGGCAGCUGGAGUAUUGACCGCCAUCAUCAUAGUCCAUGAGAGUGGCCACUUUUUGGCAGCUUAUCUCCAGGGCAUUCAUGUAAGUAAGUUUGCGGUUGGGUUCGGUCCAAUUUUAGCCAGAUUCAAUUCCAAGAAUGUGGAGUAUUCAAUUAGAGCAUUUCCUUUAGGUGGGUAUGUUGGAUUUCCUGAUAAUGACCCGGAUAGUGGUAUUCCACCAGAUGAUAGGAAUCUGCUAAAAAACAGACCUAUUAUGGACAGAAUGUUUGUUAUUUCAGCCGGUGUGAUUGCUAAUAUAGUGUUUGCUUAUGUUAUAAUCUUUUCCCAAAUUAUAUCAGUUGGAUUGCCUGUUCAAGAGGCCUUCCCUGGUGUGCUUGUUCCAGAUGUCAAGCCAUUUUCAGCUGCUAGCCGCGACGGUAUAGCCCCUGGUGACGUCAUUCUAGGUGUUAAUGGAGUUGAUUUCAGCCAAAUGGGGCCUAACUUGGUUUCUGAGGUUGUUGAUGUAAUUAAGAAAAGCCCUACUAGAAAUGUGUUGCUGAAGAUAGGGAGAGGAGAGGAAAGGAUGGACAUCAAUGUCACUCCGGAUAUGAAUUCGGAUGGUACGGGUCGCAUCGGGGUCCAAUUAACGCCGAACUAUAAGGUUUCAAAAGUUAGCCCGAAGAAUAUAUUUGAAGCUUUUGGUUUCACGGGAAGCGAAUUUUGGGGACUUGCGUCUAAUGUGGUGGGCGGUUUGAAACAGACCUUUUUAAACUUCUCUCAGUCUGCAAGUAAGGUUUCAGGCCCGGUCGCGAUUAUAGCUGUUGGUGCUGAGGUGGCAAAGUCAAAUGUUGAUGGUCUAUAUCAAUUUGCUGCAAUUUUGAACCUUAACCUUGCUGUGAUAAAUAUUCUUCCUUUGCCUGCUCUUGAUGGGGGUUCACUGGCAUUGUUACUCAUAGAAGCGGCUAGAGGCGGGCGAAAGCUUCCACUUGAAGUUGAGCAACGUAUUAUGUCAUCCGGAGUAAUGGUCGUCCUAGUUCUUGGAGUUUUCCUUCUUGUGCGAGACACACUCAAUCUUGACUUCAUGAAAGAUUUAUUGUAAUGGUUUGGAGAAGUGUUCAAAUGCAGAUAUCCCAAGGAAAUUGUGCUACGGCCUCCUACCUCCGAGACCUCAAUAUAUAGAACUUUUGAUGGAAAAUUUGGAAACAUUGGCAAGUGAAACAUUACACAGUUUUCCAUUAUCAUCAGUUUGAUGCAUCUCCAGGUGAGCAAACUGAUCCCGCCUUUCUUCAGACACACAUUGACACGUGAUGACGACUUGUAGUAAUCUUAACUUUUUGAGAAUUAAUUCUCAUUCAUGUACCCCUUAACAAGCCACUUCAUGUCUAUUAAACUCUUUCUGACAAUCUAAUAUUACCAAUGGUAAAUUGUUAAAGACUUAAAGGUCCUUGAGUUUUUUUUUUAAAUACAAUGGGGGCGUCCAGACUACUUUUGACCCCCAUAAUUGCCCUCUAGAGGGGGUUCUGAACUAGUGACCGGAAUCAAUUGAACCCGAGAAGGUUGGUCCUGAAGUUCUUAAACAGCUCAUGUGCUUGUGAAUUAUGGUAUCAUUGCUAUGUGAUGUUCGUUGUUGCUGUUUCGCUCUAUAUGAUUAAUUCAUGGGUUGUUUUUCUCUUUUUUUAUGAAGAGACUUUAAAGGCAUCGAUUCUGUUUCUUUUACCUGGUUUUGAAAACAUUCAACACUUGUCUGGGUAACAGCUUUGCAAAAAAACACAAUGUAUAGAGAACCAGGCAAGCCGGGUCAACUUGGAAACGGUUACCGAGUCGCCCCGAUUAGUAUGUUACUUGAAAAAGGCAAUUAUACAGUUAUACCCAUAUUUGUUUUAAGAGAGGUAAACAAAGUAAUCAUGUAAUAUUUUUCAGUCAGAAAAAGAAUAAACACUACUUCCUCAUUCCAUUUACUCGUUUCAACCGUUUGUAAGAUAUUUGAUAGUUGCAAGAGAGGUGGAUAGUGUAAAAAAGCCAAAAAAUUAGAGAAAGAAGAUGAAAAAUUAAUAGAAGUUGGAUACGUAAGAUGAAACAACAAUGCCUAUGUUUUUUAUACAUUUUUAUUUGCAACUAAAAAGGUGAAACAAGUAAUACGUAAUAACUGUUAAGCUACCUUUCAAAAAAAAAACAACUGUUAAGCUAUCUCACGGCAGGAAGCCGGGAAAUGUCACCCAUCCCUGUCUCCCUCAUCAGAAAAGGGUAUCCAUGUCCAUCUGUGUGGUUUAAGCAAAACUUAGAGCUAUCUCUAAUGAGAAUAUGAAUUGCUUAAAAAGGCACUGUCACAUCUGUCAAAAUUGAGGUAAAUUUAGUCUCUCCAACAAUAACGUGUAUAUGGCCUGUGUUGCUGAGCUGGAAACGAAAAACCCCACAAUCUCAACUUCUCUUUCGAUUUUCAGCAAGCCUAGCUCCCUAACAUUGUGACUCAGCAAAAAAAAUAGUUUCCUGGUGAAAUUUCCUGGCGAAAUUUAAGGUGGCAAGUGAAAACAUUUCUGUCAAACUCCUUUUACUUAUUUCAUCUUUGUAUAUGCGUGAAACUCUAAAAGUAAUCCAGAUUUCUUCUUCCUUAUUCGUUUGGUUGAAUUAUGAGUGACAAACACAUUAACAAUGCAAUGGCUUCAUCAUUUUCUCAAUUUGAAUAGUACAUUCCAUUCAUAUUCAUAUAUGUUGAUGAAGGUUUUACUAGAGUCACGUUUUCUCUUUUACGGGAAUGUUAUUAGUUGAGUUACAAUCAAUUUAUUUUGUUCAAAUUGUAGUGUUGAAAACCGAAUACAAUUAAAGACUCUUUGAUCCUCCUACGGAAUCAAAAUAAAUAAUCUACAUGACUUCCGGUUUCAUACUCUGUAUGUAUGUGCCGCGUUGCAGGGCAUGUGUGUGUGUGAAAUAUGCAGAUGUGAAGCGAGUGAGGUGUAACCUGCAUUUCUAGUUAUGCCUUUGAAGAUGAAAAACACUAGCAAAAGAGUUGUUUACUUAUGCAUAAACCUGCGUUUGUUAGUCACUACAACAUCUAACUGGACGACACACUCAACGAUUUCUUUUCGAUUCUUGGUUGAAACAUUAUGGGCAAUCUCAGCAUAGUAUGUCCCAUUGUGCAUCAUUAAGCGUUCCAACUCUUGGACAUUAUGCUUAAGGAACUUCUUGAACUAUGCACAAAAAAAGAUGAUCAUGUUUUUGUUUCCUAAAUAGGAGUAACUACGGCUAAGAUAAUGUCAUGUUUAAACUGCAGUACUACCAAAACAUCAUAAUAAUUACUCAUGUUUAGGGAAUAGAAACAUGACAAUCCUACUUUGAAAUAUACAAACAUUUUUACUUCUAUUUAAGUCAAUUUCCCUAUUUUAUAUAGUAAUUUCUCUAAAUAAGACUAAAAGCUCGUUUGGUAACACUAUAAUUGGUUAAAUCGAGUGAUUUUGUUGAAAUUCAUGAAGUUUUGAUGAAAGUGGCUAGAUUGAUUGAUUCUGCUGAUUUAUGGGGGUAUUAAAAUAUACGGAGUAUUUUAUUAAUAAAAUAAACAAAAAUUAUACUUCGUAUAAAAAAUAGCUAAAAUAAGUUCAACCUUACUUAUUUUUAUUACUUCGUACUAUACAAUUCAGCACGAAAAUUACAUGUUUGGCAAAAAGUUGACUAAGGCAAGCCAAACCCGCUCUAAAAGUGAAUGAAAGUGCACUAGUGGAACUAUACCAUUACACUUACUUAAGUAAGACUUGUUUGAUCAUAUUAUAAAUGUAAAAAUGUUCUCAAUUAGAAAUGAAUUAAUCUUAUUUUAUGAAGAAAACAAUAAUUAUGGUAUUUAUGCAUUUAUGAAUGUUUUAGUUCUAUUUAAAGAUUUUUUUUUGUAUUUUAUACCAUUGACUAAUUAGAGCUUUAUGUAACUGAAUUUUGCUAUUUUUAGACAUGCGAGCCAAACACGCUCUCUGUCGCUACACACGUAUUGAAAUACUUUUGAAAAAGAGGAAAUGUAAAAUGGAGCAUGAUACUCCGUAAAUACUAGUGUGAGGUGAAAAUUGAAAAGGAGUGGAGAAAGAAAAGUGCGGGCGUAAAAAAAUGUAGCAUGAAGCUUGCAAGCCGGGACGAGAAGUAAGCUCACACCUAUCAUUCUAUAAAUCUGCCCAGCAGGCACCUCCCCCUCUCAUCCUUUCCAUCUUUCUCUUUCUCAGCCAUAUCUCUGUUUUCUGUAUUUUCCAUCCAAAAAGAAAACAUUUUGGAUCCCAUCAUUUAUUAGUUCCAACCAAAAACAGAAGAUUGAUCGAUCAGCUAGCUGCUACAUAGGUUGAUGACGUCGUCGGAUGGUGGAGCAAUGAAAAGCGGCGGUCAGGGGAGGAACCGGCAGAUGCUGAAGAAAGGGCCGUGGACGACGGCAGAGGACGCGAUUCUGAUGGAAUACGUGAAGAAGCACGGCGAGGGGAAUUGGAACGCCGUCCAGAGGAACUCCGGGCUGAUGAGGUGCGGUAAGAGCUGUAGGCUAAGGUGGGCCAAUCAUCUCAGGCCUAAUCUGAGGAAGGGCGCCUUUUCUCCCGAGGAAGAACGUCUCAUUGUUCAGCUUCAUUCCAAGCUCGGCAACAAGUGGGCUCGCAUGGCGGCUCAGUUGCCGGGGAGAACAGAUAACGAGAUAAAGAAUUAUUGGAACACUAGGCUAAAGAGGAGGCAGAGAGCUGGAUUACCCAUUUAUCCUCAAGAGAUUCAACCCCAAAACUCAUACUAUCCCAAUGCCCAGAUCCUAAUGUCCACCUCUUCUUCAUCUCCCCUGUCUGCGCUUCUAUCAGCGCCGCCGCCGCCACCCAAGCCCGCCGCCGCUUACAAUCCCUCCAUGUCCAUAUACGACUACAUGUUGGACCGUUCUCCGGCGGCCUUGAAAUCUCCCGCUCCACCUCCCCAUACCCAUAACUCCCAUCAUUUCAAGUUUUUCACACACUCUCCGCACGGUGGUCUUGCUCUGACGUUGGCCUCAUCCUCCUCCUCGGCGGCGGCCAAUAAACAUUUUGGUCCGGCGGCACCGCUUCCGUUCCCGUUCAGCUCCCUCUAUCCAACCUUCGCCGGCGGCGGUUUCUUCGCGGGUCCAACGGGAAUGAACACACAAGAGCAACCUUCAAUCCAAACCGCCGUGCAAACAACGGCCGCCGCCCCGGUAAGAUCUUCCGGGAGUCUUUACCCGGCGGCGCCGACCGACGAGGCUGAGGAUGAUGACUGCGACGAAGCUGACCACCCGGAUUUAUCGCGGAGGAACAGUGGAUUAUUGGACGAAUUAUUGCGCGAGUCUCAUUCUUUGGCGCGAGUACUCAAAAAUUAUUCUCCAGAUGGAAACGGGAAACACAAAUCUACGAUCGGAAAUCAAGAAGUGGUGCUUAGUUUUGGCUGUGAAGAGACAAGGGAAGGUGGAGUUGCAGCGGGGAAGGAGAGUAAUAACAAUAGUUGUGUAAUGGACGAGGAUAUAAUGUGUCUGCUUGACAAUUUUCCACUGGCAGUACAAGCUCCUCCUGAUUGGUAUGAGGAUGGAGAUGAAGAUGGGAACGGUGAUUUUGUGGACAGUGCUAGUGGUGGUGAUGUCGCCGACGCCGUUAGAAAUCACAAAGAAGAUUCGAAAUCGUCAAGCUCAAUCACAACCUCAGAGACGACGUUGUGCUGGAAUAACAUGCCAUGUAUUUCCUAGACUACAGAUAUCUCCUAGAAUUAGCCAGCUUGUGUAUCGUUAUUUAGGUUAUAUAUAUAGUAGAUGAAUAAAAAUACUAUGCUCAAAUUUGGCUACUUCCUUUUUUAUGUGUACCACGAUGUGUCUGAUUUCACAUUCAAUUUUUUUUAAAGGAAAACUAUACUUAUAUUCAA